AUAUUUUACAUUUAAAAUAAAAUGCAUAUAAUUCAUCCAUUUUGGAAAGAAAGAAAGAAAGAAAGAAAGAAAAAUGAAAAGUACACGAAUAUUCAGCUGCAAAGAACAAACUUACAGCUUUCUUAUUGCUUCUUGUUAUGUUCGCAUCUACGUUGCCUAUAUAUUCAUGGGUCACGCACUGGUCUAGUUAUUAUGAUUAUUAUUUCUUAUCUCUCCACGACACCGGCUCAUCAAUCGUUGUGUUGUUGUGUUCAAUUGUGUUUAAUUGUGUUUUAUAUGGUUUUAUACUGUAUUUACGCCGAUUCAAUUGUGGAAACUGUGUUAAGAGAAUCACACGCAAAACGAAUGAGUUCAUCACAAUACCUGCUAUUGUCACGCAAUAAUCUACUUGUUCUCAUUCACGAUUGAGAAAAUUGUAACGGGGAUUCGAACAAGUAUCAAACCACUGUGCAUUAAGGAAGAGAGAGAGAGAGAGAGAGAGAGAGAUUAAAGAAAGAGAAGAAAACAGCGAUUUUUGACGCGAUUCCUUUCACGAUCACCGAUCUUUUAACAUUAAAAUGACAACCGUGGCGGAAAAAUGUGCAAGCGCGAACGAUGAAGACUGUCCGCCGGCGAAGAAAGUAAAGUUGGACGAUGGAAAUCUGACCGACGUGGUUGAGAAAAACUCAGACGAGAAUGACACGAGUGAGAAGGAGCUGGAUCUGUCAGACUUCAAAGUGACGAGGGUGCUGCAGAAUAACUGCGCACGGAAAUUGAUAUGUAUGGAGGGGACGUUCGAGGACCGUGACGGUUCAGCGGUUGUCCUGCUCGAACAGAGAAGUUUUCCCUAUGACAAAGUAGUCUUGGAGAAAGAUUUCUUCGAUGGAAAGACGAUUUUCAAGAGAAUCUUCAGCAACGACGUCUAUAAAAACUACAGUUGCUUUCCAACCGAGGAGCGUAAUGGCCUGCAGGCGACUGUGAUAUACCCUGCCACGCAGACACACAUCGACAAAUACAAAAGGCAGGAGUUAUUUAUGAUAGAUGAAACCUAUGAACUUUACCAGCAGGUCACUCUCCCUUACAUAGAGUCAAAGAGCCUCAGUUUGGAGUGGAUAACUAAUAUUCUGGAGCAUAAAGCUGAACAAGAAAGUAUCAUUUACGAGGAUCCUGACAAGGAUAGUGGUUUUGUAUUAGUGACAGAUUUCAAAUGGGAUAAACAGAAGGAUACGUUGAAGCUGUUGGCCUUGCCAUACCAAAAAAUAAGAUCAUUGAGAGAGUUGAAUGGAUCUCAUCUUCCUUUGUUAAAAAAUAUACGAGAUGCUGGGACAGCAGCGAUUAGUAAAAAGUUCGAUAUACCUGCGUCACAGCUCAGAAUGUACUUCCACUAUCAACCAUCAUAUUAUUAUCUACACGUGCAUUUCUGUUACCUUAUGUUUGAAGCACCAGGGAUAUAUGCGGAAAAGGCGCAUCUUUUAUCGACAGUUAUAAGAAACCUAGAACUGAUGUCGGAUUAUUAUACAAAAGCAGUACUUUCAUAUGUAGUGUUUAAAGAUAGUCCUCUUUACGAGAAGUUUAAAUCGCAUGGAGCCCUGCAGACGUUAACAUGUGAACCGCAACAGACUGUAAAUACAGUGUAGACAAGACUAUUUUGCAUAAAAAAAAAAACGCAAGUUACACUCUACGUUUAUAUACAAUGUGACAAGAAAUUGAUGUGUAUUUUAAUAUUUGAAAAUAAAAAACGAUCGCAAAAUA